GCCGUCAUGCGCCGCUACCACAUCCAAAACCGCGAAGACUACCACAAAUACAACCGUCUCUGCGGUUCCCUCCGACACCUAGCCCAUCGACUCGCGCUCCUUCCGCCCCAAGACCCAUACAGACAAAAACACGAAUCCCUCCUCCUGGAAAAACUGUACCAAAUGGGGAUUCUUACGACAAAGACUAAGAUGAGUGAUGUGGAGAAUAAGGUUACGGUAUCGGCGUUUGCGAGGAGGAGGUUGCCGAUCGUGAUGUGUAGGCUUAAGAUGUGCGAGACUGUCAAGGCCGCCGUGACGUAUGUCGAACAAGGACACGUCAGGGUUGGGCCGGAGGUUGUGACGGAUCCGGCGUAUCUUGUUACGAGGAAUUUGGAGGAUUAUGUUAGUUGGGUGGAUACGUCGAAGAUUAAGGCGAAUAUUAUGAAGUAUCAUGAUAAGUUGGAUGAUUAUGAUUUGCUUUGAGUGAGGAGCGGGAUGGAGUGUGGCGGGCGACGGGGAGGAGAGAAGACUUUUGCAUUGAUUUUGGGUUUACGGCGUUCUUUUUCUAGUUCUUGCUUUUUGCAUCAAUCGGUUACCACGGCUUCAAUUGUCGAGUCGAA